UUGUUAGGCAGCUGCCAUUGCUAAUCCUUCCCACCCUAACUUUGCCAACUUCUCUGACCCGUCAGAUACCAGCGGUAAAGAAGAGGACGAGACUCACCUUCGCUUCUCGCCAGCCGACGCUUUGCUUCCUCUAAAAACCUUCCCUGUCCCCUUUUUUCUUUCUUUCUCCAAACUCCGUCGAAGCCGAAGGGAAAGCCAUGAGCACCGAGUACGAUUACCUCUUCAAGCUGCUCCUCAUCGGCGACUCCUCCGUCGGCAAGUCCUGUCUCCUCCUCCGAUUUGCGGACGAUGCCUACGUUGACACUUACAUCAGUACCAUCGGUGUUGAUUUCAAAAUCCGAACUGUCGAGUUAGAUGGGAAGUCCGUGAAGUUACAAAUUUGGGACACAGCAGGCCAGGAAAGGUUCAGGACAAUAACAAGCAGUUACUACCGUGGAGCUCAUGGAAUCAUUAUCGUAUAUGACGUGACAGAUAUGGAGAGCUUCAAUAACAUCAAGCAGUGGUUGAGUGAGAUUGAUAGGUACGCGAGUGACAGUGUAUGCAAGCUUCUAGUUGGGAACAAGUGUGAUUUGGUCGAUAGUAAGGUUGUCGAUACAGAAAAGGCAAAGGGUUUUGCAGAUUCGUUAGGAAUUCCCUUUAUCGAGACAAGUGCAAAGGAAUCCAUCAAUGUGGAGGAAGCUUUCUUAACCAUGUCAUCAGAAAUCAAGAAAAGGAUGGCAACCCAACCUACCGUGGAGAGAAGACCCACCGUCCAUGUUCACAUGAAAGGACAGCCAAUACAGCAGAAGAGCAGCUGCUGCUCCUCCUCAUAGGUGCAACACCAAGUUUAUGUCAUUUCUAUCAUCAUGGCACUUUGGUGAGGGGUUGGAUGGAGGAUUUAUCCAAGAUUGGAGAAGGAUACAUUACUCAAUGUGUGUCGUUUAAGUGUUAGAUGUCCAUACUCUGUACAGAUUAGCAUGACUUGACACAGUUUUUAUUAUCCGCAAUACCAUCAGUUAAUCUACGCAGAGCCUACAGAUAAUUAUAUGAUAUACAGUGUGAGUGCUGACUGUUGAUUGUUGAACAUUAUGGUUAAGAUGCAAGCUUGUGAAUCA